UCAAAGCCUCUCCAUGGACAGUUCCUCCGAAGUCUGCAGAACAGGUGGACAGAUAAGGAGAAAACCUUUGCAUGGCUGAGAAGCGCUGGACUCAAGGGUGAGACGGAGAGCCUCUUGGUGGCAGCUCAGGAUCAGGCACUGAAUACCCGUUACCAUCAGAAGAAAAUAAUAGGCCUUGACGUUGACAGUAAGUGCAGAGUAUGUAACAAGAAUGACGAAACUGUCAGCCACAUUAUUGCGCCGACGGAGUACACGCACCGUCACAACAAGAUUGCUACUUACCUGCACUGGUCAAUAGUCAAAGAACUUGGCCAGCAAGUGCCUGAGCAUUGGUACGAUCACCAGCCUGCCCCGGUCGUAGAAAGGGAAGAUGUAGUCGUAAUGUACGAUGAGGCUGUGAUAACUGAUCGGACCAUAGGAGCUAACCGACCGGACAUCAUCAUCCACAAUAAGAGGGAAAAGCGCUGCACCUUAAUCGACGUUUCCGUACCUGCUGACGCAAAUAUUGCUGCCAAGGAGGUCGAGAAAAGGUGCAAAUAUAAAGAUCUUGAAAUUGCGCGAAUGUGGAACACAAAGACCAAAGUGGUUCAGGUCGUUGUUGGAGCUCUCGGUACACUCAAGAUCGGAUUCGAGAAUUACCUGGAAGAGCUACCGUGUAGAGUUAACGCCGAGCAGGUGCAGAAGAUCUCACUGCUGGGAACGGCCCCAAAUCCUACGAAAGGUCCUAUCUAUCGGACAAUAAAUGCCCUAGGGUCCAGGGAUCAUGAGGAUGUUGGCACGAUUCCAGUCACCAGGAAAGUAUCCAAUUCGAAGGCAGGCGUUGUAGAUGGAGAGCAGCCAUUGGAGUGCAGUAUCUGGAAGCUUUCUUAUUAUCCUCCACGUAAUGUCGUCAUUUCCAGGAGCGGAGUUCUUGUUGCAACACGACACAACAUCAGUCAGUUCGUCGAAGGUAUUGCACUCGGAGUCUGA